UCACGUUCAAAACACUCACCAGUCCGAAUAGGUAAUCACAAGCUUCAGAAUUUUAGCAGCGGUCACCUCCAGGAUUUUUCGUACCACAGCUUCAGUUUCCGCGAGAUUUCCACAAUGGCUGCUCUCGCUAACGCUACUGUGCUCCCCUCCACCUUCGUCGGCCAGAGCGCUGAGCUUGCCGCCAAGGUGAACAAUGUCGAGGCCCGCGUGACCAUGAGGAAGACCGCCAAGGCGGCUUCCAGCAGCCAGUUCUACGGCCCCGACCGCAGCCUUUUCCUGGGCCCGUACUCCUCCCCCCCGUCGUACCUGACUGGCGAGUACGCCGGUGAUUACGGCUGGGACACGGCUGGUCUGUCUGCCGACCCCGAGACCUUCGCCAAGAACCGCGAGCUCGAGGUGAUCCACGCUCGCUGGGCUCUCCUCGGCGCGCUCGGCUGCCUCACCCCGGAGCUCCUCGCCGGCAACGGCGUGAACUUCGGCGAGGCCGUGUGGUUCAAGGCCGGCGCUCAGAUCUUCUCCGAGGGUGGCCUCGACUACCUCGGCAACCCCAGCCUGAUCCACGCGCAGUCCAUCCUGGCCAUCUGGGCGUGCCAGGUCAUCCUCAUGGGCGCCGUCGAGAGCUACCGCGUGGGUGGCCUGGAGGGCUUCCAAGAGGUGGAGGACCCCCUGUACCCCGGCGGUGCCUUCGACCCCCUGGGUCUGGCUGACGACCCAGAUGCCCUUGCCGAGCUGAAGGUGAAGGAGCUGAAGAACGGCCGCCUCGCCAUGGUGUCGAUGUUCGGCUUCUUCGUCCAGGCCAUCGUCACCGGCAAGGGUCCCCUGGAGAACCUGUCGGACCACCUGGCUGACCCCACCGUCAACAACGCCUGGGCCUAUGCCACCAACUUUACCCCCGGUGCUUAAAUGUUUUGCCUUGUACAUUUAUAUUUAGUAGCCUAAAAUAAUUUAUGAUAUUUUCAUAUCUCAAUUCUUGAUUUCACAUUGGCGACAUCUAAAGCUCGGAAAGUA